GGGACCGCGUCUGGUCUCCAGCGAGCUGUCAGUCCUCCCGCCGACCGAGAGACUACACACUCCACUCGGUCCAUCCGCACCCCCGGGGCCGGAGCAGCGGAGCGGGGCGGCAGACCGGACACACGUCGCCAUGAAGGGAGGAUUAACGUUCGCCGGCCGCCUGGAAGUGUCCGUGCGCGGCGUGUAAGGGCGUCCAUCGUGCGUGGGAGCCGCUGCGUGGCGCAGAAGAAGACACGAUGAAGAAGCAGUUCAACCGCAUGAGACAGCGCGCCAACCAGACCGUGGGCAGGGCCGAGAAGACUGAAGUGUUGAGUGAAGAUCUCCUGCAGGCUGAGAAGCGGCUGGAUCUGGUCAAGCAGGUGUGUCACAGCACGCACAAGAGGCUGGCGGCGUGCCUGCAGAGCCAGCAGGGCGUGGACCUGGACAAGAAGUCGGUCAGGUCGCCGUCGAAGAAGCUUCCCCUCGCCACGCUCGCACAAUGCAUGGUGGAGGGGGCCGCCGUGCUCGGGGACGAGUCUCUACUCGGGAAGAUGCUGAAGCUGUGCGGCGAGACCCAGGACCAACUGGCCCAGGAGCUGGUCCUGCUGGAAGUCACCGUCGAGCGGGACGUCCUGGACCCGCUCUACGACCUCGCAGAGGUGGAAAUCCCAAACAUCCAGAAACAAAGGAAACAUUUAGCCAAGCUGGUCCUGGACAUGGACUCUGCACGCACUCGCUACUACCAGUCCGGCAAGUCGUCGGGCCUGUCCAGCAGUCUGCAGCCGGCAGGGGCCAAGGCCGACCACCUGAGGGAGGAGAUGGAGGAGGCCGCCAACCGCAUGGAGAUCUGUCGGGACCAGCUGUCGGCAGACAUGUACGGUUUCAUGGCCAAGGAGCUGGACCACGCCAGCUACUUCCAGACGCUGAUUGAAGUCCAGGCCGAGUACCACAGGAAGUCGCUGGAGCUGCUGCAGAACGUUCUGCCGCAGAUUAAAGCUCACCAGGAGUCGUGGGCAGAGAAGCCGUGCUACGGGAAGCCAUUGGAGGAGCACUUAGAGCUCAGCGGGAGAGAUAUUGCUUUUCCCAUCGAGGCUUGUGUCACCAUGCUGCUGGAGUGUGGCAUGCAGGAGGAGGGUCUGUUCCGAGUGGCGCCCUCAGCCUCCAAGCUCAAGAAGCUGAAGGCGUCUCUGGACUGCGGCGUGUUGGACGUCCAGGAGUACUCGGCCGACCCGCACGCCAUCGCAGGAGCCUUGAAGUCUUACCUGCGGGAGCUUCCUGAGCCACUGAUGACCUUUGAACUGUACAACGACUGGAUCCAGGCCUCCAAUGUUGGCGACCAAGACAAGAGGCUGCAGGCUCUCCGCAGCGCUUGUGACAAACUCCCGGCAGCCAACAACAACAACUUCAAGUACCUGAUCAAGUUCCUGUCCAAGCUGAGCGAGUACCAGGACGUGAACAAGAUGACUCCCGGGAACAUCGCCAUCGUGCUCGGACCCAACCUGCUGUGGACGCACAGCGAGGGCAACAUCACGGAGAUGAUGACCGCUGUGUCGCUGCAGAUCGUGGGCAUCAUCGAGCCCGUCAUCCAGCACGCCGACUGGUUCUUCCCUGGAGAAAUCGAGUUCAACGUGACGGGCAACUACGGAAGUCCCGUCCACGCCAACCACAACGCCAACUACUGCUCCAUGCCCUCGCCCGACUUGGAGCUGGUGGAGCGCAAACAGAACGAUCAGAGCCGCCGCCCACUCAGCGUGGCCACCGACAACAUGAUGCUGGAGUUCUACAAGAAGGACGGCAUCAGGAAGAUACAAAGCAUGGGGGUGAGGGUGAUGGACACUUCCUGGGUGUCCCGCAGGGGCUCGUCGUCCUCGCGCAAAGCCUCGUCCACGCCGCCGAGCGUGCGGGCGCCCACCCCGCCCUCCGACGGGCAGGCCCCCGAGCCGCCCGGCUCCCCCUCCCCCACCCCUCCUCCCACUAGCGGCGAGCGAGCCAGCUCGGACGACGCCUCGGACUCCUGUAACGCCCGCCCCUCCCCCGAGGAGGAGAGACCGCCCCCUCCUUACCCCUCGCCCUUCUCCCUCCCUCACCCCAGCUCCCGCCCCCUCUCCCGCAGCCCCGAAUGCGUCCCCCCCGGCCCGUCGCCCUCCCCCCGUCGCUCCGGCCACAGCCCGCCCCCCUUCCUGCACUCCUGGUGCCCCUCCCCUCCGCCGCUUGACGUCAACUCCAACCCCAGUCUUGGCUCCGCCCACCUGCCCAAACAGACCUCGCUGUGCGACCCUCCGCAUGCCCUCCUGUCCGACGCCAACGGCUCCGCCCCCCUCUACAUCAAGCCCCCCCUCGUUCUCACUCGCCACAAUCUCUUCCUGGGUCCCCACAAGCCCCCCAACGCACCCCUCUCCGCCCCGCCAUCUUGGGCCACCUGUGGCAGAGAGAGAGGACGGAAGGCCGCUAGCACGCUGAAGAACAAGGAGCUUUCUCCCGUCAUCGGACAGAAGGGAUUCCAGGUGGUGGUGACCUCUAGUGGCCAGUCUGAGCACAGCCCUCACAGCCUGAGGAGAGCCAAGAAGUCGGCGCCGAUCCCUCCCAAGGUUCCUUACAGCCAGAUGGGCGGCGUGUCGGAGCCGUCCACGGGUCAGCCGUCCCCGGUCAGCCUGUCGCCCACCCCCCCCAGCACGCCCUCGCCGUACGGCUUCGGCUACCCGCAGGGUUAUGCCACCAUCGGCUCGGUGGGGCACGUCCACGCCGCCGCGCCGUCCCUGUCCUCGCCGCCCUCGCUGGCCGGGACGCUGGCCAAGCCCCGCCCCACGCCCAAGCCCCCCCGCCAGAGGCCCAGCCUGCCUCCGCCUCAGCCGCCCUCCACGCCCGGCGCCGGCCCCGAGCCCUCGGGCCUGCUGGACGGUCUGUCGGCCGGGGAGAGUCUGUCCACAGGUUGGCUGUGCAGCCUGGACAUGCCCGUCAUCAACAUGGACCUGGACGCCCUCCUGGACUUGGCCCGCGUGUCCCACCUCCGCCACUCGGUGGCGCUGAUGGACCGGACCUACUGCAGAGCCGGCGAGUCAGAGGGGGAGGAGUCAGAGAGCACGGUGCUGUGAUAGGACAGUCACCUUUAGUUUUAACCUUUGACCCCGCCUGCGCUGAGAGGAGCGGCCAUCUGUGUCUCACCUUUGACCUUUUCUUUGCCUUACUCCGCCCACUUGCGUCGCCGCCUACACAGGAAGUACUCUGCUUGGACGUGUGUGUGCGCGCGCGCGUGUGUGUGUGUGUGUGUGUGUGUGUGUGUGUGUGUGUGUUGAGGAUAUUAAGGUGAAGUUACAAAAAGUCUUAAGUAUUUAGUGCAGGGUGUCCAAACUUUUUCACACACUCAAUAAUGAAAACAUGC